AUGCACUCAGAUAACGACGGAGGAUUCACCGUCCACUGCGACAGCCUGAAAUGGCACCCUUUGGCCCCGAGCGUAUUCAUCAAAAUUGUCAAGCUUGUUUCAGAAACCGGAGAAUAUACGAUCAUGGUCCGUGCCGAACCCGGUGGACUGCUUCCUCGCCAUCGGCAUGUUGAGAGUGCGGAAAUUUAUGUUCUGAAGGGCAGCGGUGCCCAUCCUCAGACUGGCGCAUUUGUUCAGGGGGAUUAUAUUUCGGAAAGCAAGGGGGCCGUUCAUGAUCCCCUUCCCUUUGAACAUGAAACGGAGCUUUUGAUGGUUAGCAGAGGGCCUUCGGUGUUUUUGGCGGAUGAUGGGUCGGAUUUGUAUACAAUGGAUGUGGCGAUGUUGCAGGAUAUGCUAGAGAGGGCGAAAUAG